CGAAAACGGAAGUGCACCGUCUAAGAUGGUUGACAAGUUGACACAAAUCUUCGUUUUUAAAAUGUGUCAAAGUGUCUAAAGGGGAUGAAAGUUGAAGUGCAGAUGUGACUUGCGUGAUGGUCAUCAUGGAGAUAGAGGUACAGAAAUGCGGGGUGAAAUUUGACCCGCCAGCAAUUAUGAUUGUCUAUAAUGACAAGGGAUCCCAGAAGCACAGACAGAGGACCAUGCCACUACGGGAUUUCACUAAAAAUACAAACAUAGAAAAAGCAGCUGAAGAAUUACUUGCAAAUCCUCGUCACGGGAAAUACGUUUCUCAAAUUCCAAAAGCUCAAUUAGUCAGACUUGUGACAAUUAUCAGAGAUAAACUGAAUGGUAUGUCCUUAGAGGCAAGCUUAGCAAGAAACGAUGCCAUGGAUAAAAUAGACCCGGAAGAAAACUUAAACACUGUGGAUGAAGAGACUUUGAAACGUAAAAAGGCAGUUAUGGAUCGAACUUUUGAGAAGCAUCAGCUCAAACCUGAUGAUCCAGAUUUCAAAUACGAUAUCGAAAAAGAGUUUGAUGAGCAAGAUGUGAUAGAAUCAGGCUGGGACUCGGGAGAUGAUGGAUCCGAUUUAGAAUUUUAACUUAAGUUUGAUUUGUUUGAAAUGUCAUUACGUUGAUCUGAAUUUGUAAUACAUUCCUAAUGGAGAACAAGGAUGUAGCUGCCCUAGUGCCUGUAGAAUUUAGUACUGUAACCAGAGUUUUAAUCAGAAACUGAUAACAGGAGCAGAAAAGGAAAUGGAAAUCUCUUUUUCUCAAUUUUUAUCUCUCUCGUACUUUUUGUCCAGCUUUGCUUGGCAUAACCUUAAUACUGAUAGUAAUGCUACCUUUGUAUAUUCCAGAGAGGUACAGAUUUUCUAAAAUAGCAUGAUUAAGAAACGAAAUUUUGAAGUAGAUACACGCUUAAAUAUUUUUUUCCUUUUACGGUAGUUCUUCUUGUUUGUUAGACUGGAAGUCUUGGUGUAUUAUCAUUUUAAUGGUGCAGAGCUGCCUUAAAUUAUAAUUGUUGUGUCUUUUUCCAAAGAAUUAUUUAGGAUAAAAGCCAUAUAAAAAAUAUAUAGGGCAGAGAAUGUAAUUUCAUUGUAAAAAAAUAUGGAUAGAAAUUAUCUGCUUAACACAUGUACGAAUUUAGACACCCUUUAAUAAAGUGAGGUAGAGGUUGAAUUAAUGGAUUGAACAGAAAAUACAAACUACUCGUUAUAUACUCUUAAAUGGUUCAGUUAUUAUAUUAGGGACUAUAUGUUAUAAAGAUUUCAGAUUUAUAAUAUAUGCUAUCAUGGAAGCAGCACUAUUUUAAGAUAUUCUAAUGCAGAUGUCGUAAACCUGUUUACUUACACGAAAAGCUUUUUUUAAAUGCUUUAUAAUUGGAAUUGGUUUGAAAGGUAAAAUAGUCACCAUUUUUAAUGGCCAAAAUAUAAGCUAUAGUGCAUUUUAUUUGACCUGGCGGGGCAUGGUUUCGCCACGGUCCACUACAUUAUUGUGCAGGGUAUGUAAUACAUGUAACCAAUCAAGCGGUGAAAUUUAGUCCUUGGUUACCGAAGAUUACAGAUUAAACAGUUACAUUGCCCAACCUAUUUUGCUCGUUUUUUGAGACUACCAUUAUUUGCAGAAGUCGGAGAUUAACUCCGCCCUGCCAGGUCGAACAAAACGGACUAUAAAUGUACUGUAAGGAAAUAAUCUAUAGCAAAAAUCAAUGCCAUAUGAAAAUUGCUUGUUUUAUAAUAAGUUUUACAAUUUUUGCUGUUUAGUUCCUGUUUGAAAGAGCAUUGUGCUUAUUUAAAUAUUCGUCGCUUGGCUGUGUUUGAAGUAGAGUUUGACUUGCGGUAUUUGAUUUGAUUUGAAGCAUUUUUGUGAUGAUUUUUUUUGUCAGGGAAAAUUUUAAAUCCAGUUUCUUCCAGUGUUUUGAAAAAAAAUGUCUCGUCAGCAGUUUGUCCUGUCGAAAAGUUACAAUGUAUUAGUUUGUCAUAAUCUAAUUUAUUAUAAAAGAGAGUAAAAAAAACUGUGUGUUAAAUUGUUAGAAAUGGUCAAUGGCCCCAAGGGAAGUUAAUUAAACUUGUGUGGGUGUAUAUAAACCAGUAGAUAGAAUCUCGACAUAUAAUCACUUUAAUACCUUUUGCAUAAUAUUACUAUUAUAUUAAGGGACUUGUAACAGUAAUGAGCCAUUUUCAUUCAAUUUUUCAUUCUAUUUGAGAUUUCAGCAUUUCCUAGCAAGUACAGAAAACUGCAAUAAGCGUGCACAUGUAUGUAUUACAUUAACAGUUGAAGUGUGCCAAUUUCAUGCUCGAGAAUAGGUUUUCGCACGGAAAUUGCGGACUAUUAUUUUGGGUGCGCAACCUUAAGGGCAGAGUUCAUAGAAGUUAUGAUAAAUAUAAUUAUUUUGAUAUGUAGAAUAAGAUCUUUUUUAUGCCCCCCUUCAAAGAAGGUGGGGUGGAUUAUUUUGCAGGUGUCGGUCUGGAUGUAGACCAAUCCGUUUCUAGAUGAUAACUUAAGAAUGCUUUGGCCUAGGAUCAGGAAAGUUGACAGAAUGGUUGGUCAUAACCAGCAGAUGACCUCUAUAAAUUUUGAGAUCAGAAGGUCAGGGGUCAAGGUCACAGUGACCCGGAAAAGUUAAAUGGUUUCCCGAUAAUAAAUCAAGAAUGCUUGGGCCUAGGAUCAUGAAAGUUGAUAGGGGGUUGGUCAUGAUAAGCAGAUGACCCCUAUUGAUUUUGAGGUUAGUAGGUCAAGGUCAAAAAGACUAGGAACAGUUUUAACGGUUUCUGGAUGAUAACUCAAGAAGGCUUUGGACCAUGAAAGUUUAUAGGUAGGUUGAUCAUGACCAGCAGAUUACCCAGAUUAAUUUUUAGGCCAGUAGGUUAAAGGUCAAAGACACAGUGAUCUGGAACAGUAAAACCAUUUCCUGAUGAUAACUUGAGAAAGCUUGGGUCUAGGAUUACAAAACUUAAUAGGGAGGUUAAUCAUGACCAGCAGAUGACCCCAGUUGAUUUUGAGGUUAGUAGGUUAGAGGUCAAGGUCACAGUGACCUGGAACAGUUAAAAUGUGUCUGGAUGUUAGAAAUUUAAUAGGGAGGAUUACAUGAUCAGCAGAAAACCCCUAUUGAUUUUGAGGUCAAUAGGUCAAAGGUCAAGGUCAUUUUGACCAAGAACAGUAGAACUUUUGUGCACAGUGACCAAAUAAUUUCUGGUGCUUGUGCAAUUACUGAAUAUAUCAAGGGGGUCAUUUCAUGUUCUACAAGCUCUUGUUGCUAGAGAUCUUGUAGACUUUGAUGCUAGACUUACAGAAGAUAGUUUUAUGCAAUUAGAGUUUUGGUGUUUUAAGCAGGUUUUUUUCAGAAUAGUACAAGCAGCAAAUAUUAAUCAGGGAUUAUUAUAUUUUGUUCAAUUGUUGUAUCGUUCAUUUCUGUGAUUUUGUUACACGUCUUACGAUUUUUUUGUGUGAAUUUUUUAUCGUCUUGUUAAUUGGUGCACAUAGCUAGAUAAUUGUGACUAAAUAUAGUAGACAAUCCACAGGGGUUUGUGAUUUUGUCACAAAAGUUACAGUAAUGUUUUUGGGCUAACAUUCAUCAAUCUUCUUUUUGCUUGCUGUUAAACAGGUGUGUUACCAGUUUUAAGCUUGUCUGAUUUUUAGCUCACCUGUCACAUAUUGACAGGGUGAGCUUUUGUGAUCGCAUUUUGUCCGUCGUCCCUUCACAAUUUCUUGUGAACAUGAUAGAGACCACAUUUUGCAAUCAAUUUUAAUCAAACUUGCACACAACUUGUAUUGGCAUAAUAUCUCUGUUCCUUUUGAAAACUGGCAAUAUCCUGUCAUGGGUUCCACAGUUAUGGCCCCUUAAAGGGCCAAAAUUUGCUAUUUUUGGCUUGUGAACAUGAUAGAGACCACAUUUUGCAAUCAACUUUAAACAAACUUGCACAUAACUUGUAGCAAUUGGUAUAAUAUCUCAGUUUCUUCCGAAAACUGGCCAGAUUCCAUCAUGGGUUUCAGAGUUAUGGCCCCUUAAAGGGUGAAAAUUUGCUGUUUUGGCUUGUGAACACAAUAGAGACCACAUUUUGCAAUCAGCUUUAAUCAAACUUGCAUACAACUUGUAUUGGCGUAAUAUCUUGGCUCCUUUCGAAAACGGCCAGAUCCCAUCAUGGGUUCUAGAGUUAUGGCCCCUUAAAAGGGCCAAAUUUGCUAUUUUGGCUUUUGCAGCCAUAUAGAGACUUCAUUUAUGGUUUGAUUUGAUACAAACUUGCAAAAUGUCUUUAACAACAAUAACUCUUGGAUUCCAACAAUAACUCUUGGAUUCCAUGAUGAAUCUGUCUGUCAGAUUCAUUCAUAGGUUCUGGAGUUACUGCCCCUGACUGACCCCUGAAAGAGCCAAAACUUGUUAAUUUUUACCUUGAGAACAUGAUAGAAGUGACAUUUUAUAUUUGAUUUUAACCAAAAUUACACACAACUUAAGUCACAAAAAGAUCUGGGUUCCUUCUGAAAACCGGCUAGAUUCCAUCACCAGUUCUAGAGCUACUGCCCUUGAAGGGGGCAAAAUUUUCUAUUUUGGCCCUUCCAGCCAUAUAGAGGUUUCAUUUAUGCUUUGAUUUAAUGCAAACUUACACAGAAUGAUUAUCUUGAUGAUCUCUAGUCCUGGAUUGAAACUGGGUCAUGUCGGAUGAAAAACUAGGUCAUUAGGUCAAAUCAAAGGAAAAGCUUGUUAACAACCUAGAGGGAACAUUUAUGACCCUAUCUUCAUGAAACUUAGUCAGAAUGUGUAUCUUGAUAAUUUCUAGUCAAUGAUAAAAAAUGGGUCAUUUGGGGUAAAAAACUAGGUCACCCGCUCAAAUCAAAGGAAAAGCUUGCUAACACUUGAGGCCACAUUUAUGACCCUAUCUUCAUGCAUCUUUGUCAGAAUGUAUAUUUUGAUGAUUCCUAGGCCAAGCCGAAACUGGGUUAUAUGGGAUCUGAAACCAGGUCACCCGGUCAAAUCAAAGGAAAAGCUUGUUAACAAUCUUGUUCAUUUGAUGUGCAUGAAACUUGGUCAGAAUAUUUCUGUGCAUGAAAUAUCGAAUGAAUUUUUACCUGGAUCAUGUGGGGUCAAAAACUAGGUCACCAGGUCAAAUCAAAGAAUAAGCUUGUUUACACCCUAGGGGGGCACAUUUUUGAUUCUGUCUUCAUAAAACUUGGUUAGAAUACUUGUUAUCAUGAAAUCUUGGAUGAUUUUAAAUCUGGAUCACAUGGGGUCAAAAAUUAGGUCACUAGGUCAAAUCAAAGGAAAAGCUUGUAUACACUCCAGAGGCCACGUUUUUGCUCCAGUCUUCAUGAAACUUUGUCAGAAUGUUUGUUUUCAUUAAAUUUUGGACAAUUCUGAAUCUGGGUCAUAUAGAGUAAAAAACUAGGUCACUAAGUCAAAUCAAAGAAAAUGCUUGAACACACUCGAUAGGCCACAUUGUUUGGUCCAAAUGUAAUGAAAAUUGGUCAGAAUAUUUGUCUCCAUAAAAUCACUAGGUAAACAUGUUUUCACUGUUAUGGUGUGUUGCUCAGGUGAGCGACUUAGGGCCAUCUUGGCACUCUUGUCGAUUAUCAGCAUUGAUUAAAAUUUUUGUUUAGGUCCACCUUUUCUGAAACCAUAAGAGCUACAGCUUCGAAACUUUGCUCACUUGUUUGUCAUCAUUAGGUGACUCAGUAGGCCAAGAGCCAUAACUCUGAUAUGCAUUUUGUCAAAUUAUGGCCCGUUUUGUACUAAGAAAUGGUUAAAGUUUUUGUUUAGGUCUGCCUUUUCUCAAAACUGUUAACAGCUACAGCUUUGAAACUUUGUACACUUGUUUAUCAUCAUUGGGUGACUGUGUAUGCCAAGAACCAUAUCAAUAACUCUUAUAUGCAUUUUGUUAGAAUAAUUGCCCUUUUUUACUUUAAUAGAAAAUUUGAGUUUCUUGUUUAAAAUUUUUGUUUAGGUCAGCCUUUUCUCAAAAACUGCAAGAGCUACAGCUUUAAAACUUUGCACACUUGUUUAUUAUCAUUAGAUGACUGUGUAUACUAUAAGAACCAUAACAUUAACCUGCAUUUUGUCAGAAUUAUGGCCCUUUUUGUAAUCAGAAAAUCUGAAGUAUAACUCUUUUCUGGCAUACUGACCAGCACUUGCAGACAAGCGAGGGUACCCGUAGGCAGUGCUCUUGUUUUACAAUCAUUUUGCAGUCUUUCAUUUUGACUUACAUGUUUAAUGGUUACGGGCCUCCAUGCUUAUUGGUUAAAGUCGCUCACCAAUGGGUUCGAGUCUCGCUAGGGUGUUGGAGUCUUCAUGUGAAGACCCAUCCAGCUGGCUUAAGGAAGUCUGUGGUUCUACCCAUUGUACAAUUGUGUCGAUGUGACGUUAAACCAAACAAAGAACAAAUCGAGUAACAUUAGUAGGACUAAGGUGAUCGAAGCUCAUUAGAAAAUGUGUCCCGUUCUAGAGGAAUAUUGCAACUCACAUUAGAUUCUGUUUGUCUUCCUCCCACCACAAAAAAUUUGAAAGGCCAUUAUAUGGCAUAUAAUUGUGUCCAUGCUACUUUAAACCCAGCAAAACCAAACCAAACUGCUAGAGAUCACCAGUCUGCUUUGAACAUUCACAAGCCCAUAUGUGGUAAACUUUGAACAAUUACAAGCCCCUGUGUGAUAUAGAAGGGCACAUAAGCCUAUUUUGCUGUGACUAGAUAGACAGAUGUAGUUGUAGCGUUCACAAUGUGUUCACUGUAUUAAUCCGUCCAGACCAUUCAAAAUGUUACAUACUGUAGUUGAAAUUGUGUACAAAUUAUGCUGUCUGUGACAACAGUUACUUUUAUGUAUUUUUGCAACUAUUACUGAAUAAAUUUUUCAAGAAUCUGAAA